AUAGAUGAGGCGAAUUUAACAUUCAUUUUACCUUGUAAAUGUAGUAUAUUGGGGCUCAGCUAUUCAGUUUUGCAUAUCUAAUUAACACGCCUGUGGAUAAUUAUUGUGUAUUAACAAUCGCGUUAUUGCUGGUUUCUGCAAUUUGUAUGUUAUUAAUUCUUUUGUUGUUUAGUUUUCAAUAAGAUGCUUAAUCAUCUCUAGUAUAUCUUCUUUGAAGGUUUUCACUUACUCAAUAAAAAGAAGCUUAAAAGUUUCAAAAGUAUGUAAGUCAAUUACCUGCAUCCGGCUGAUUCAUCGAUGUCAAUAGGCCACAAUUUCACCUAAAACUCAUCAAAGCAGGAUCCAUUUCUGCAGAAAAACCCGCAGCACCGUAUAUACAUACAUAGAUAAAGAUCAAGUCGAAUAAAAACCUGAUCAAGAUGUUCGCCAUAAUGCAAAUAGAUAACGACGUUUCUCGCGAUCAGUUCAGGAGGAAGAUGCGGACGAAGUGCGAGUUCGUGUGCAAGUACUGCCAGAGGAGGUUCACCAAACCGUACAACCUCAUGAUCCACGAACGGACGCACAAAAGUCCCGAACUGACUUUCAGUUGCGAAGUUUGCGGCAAGAGUUUCAAGAGGCAGGAUAAUUUGAAACAGCAUAGAACAAUCCAUUAUCCAUGUUCCAGCCCGACUUUUACGCAUUACAAUCGCUACUAAACGAUAAUUUUUUAAUGAAAAACGCACAACAGUAUUCUUUUAAUAAUGCCUUAGUAAUCUUGCCCUCAAAAUUAUUUUUGUUUUAAUUAUUUAUUCUCCCUCCCUUUUAGCUCCUUGUAUAUAAUUUAUAUUAUAUUAGAUUUAUAUAUUUGCCUUUAUUUAUAUAUUAUGAUGUCGAAAUUUAUGUUAUUUUUUAACGAGGACUAAUUUUGUCUAGUCUAAAAAGAAUAGUACUUACUAAUUAAUUAAUAUGUAUACAGAACGUGUCUAUAUAGAGAUUUUUGUCAAAUUUUAAAUUACGAAUUCUACACACCUAUAAUAGACACCUUCUUAAUUAUUUUUAUCUAUAAGAUUUUGCAAUACUUGCUUUAGUUUUUUUUAUUUAGAAUUUUAUUUAUAUGCUUUCAACCCCCAAAAGUAAAAGACUACAAACAAAUUAAUGCCAGUUUUACAACAACUAUAUAUAUUUUAAUACCUAGUUUGUGAUUUAGCCUAUAAGUUUGUGCAAUUUUUUAAUUUUUUUUUUGUACAUAUUAUUAGCUUUUCAACUAUUAGAAUCUAAGGGCUUUAAGUGCAGCGAGAUCAAACGUUAGUUAAGUUCCUGUUAGCAAACAAUAAUUGACAUUGAAACAAUCUAAGGUUUUUGUUAACUACCCAGAACUUAACUAGCGAUUGAUUCAGCCGAACUAAAACUAUGAUUGUGUAUUUUUUGCUUGGUGCAAAAACAUAUUUCAAUUAUUUGAUUAUUUUUUAAUUUUUUUUUUGUAUUUGUUUUAUUGCGGUAUUUGUGCUGGCGAACAAGUACUGGCAAAUAAGUUAUGUAGCUUUGUCGGAAUAUAAUUUUCUCUUGUAGUUUAUUGUGCAAGGUAUUUAUGAUGUCAGUAGAUUUUUAAUUAUUUUUGCCUCGAAAUAAAUAAAUUUAAAAACAAAAUAAAUGAUAAUAUCCGAAUUUGUUGUUUUAAUUUGU